AUGGAUUCAGGCAUAGCAGUGGAACUUCGGGGCGACCAUGGCGAAUAUUACCCGGUAAAACUUUGACAAAUAAUCUAACAUUUUUUUAUGAAGGGUUACGUGUGCGGCUACAAAGACCCGGAACAUUUUAUAUUUAAAUUUAUUGGCGAAACCACGUCGGAUCUUCCCUCCGAAAUCAGCGUUCGUCCGUGCCAACUUAGAAAGCCUCCGAAGAACACCAGACAUGAUUUUUCAAAGUGCGAACUGUCUGUUGGUCUGGCUGUUGAGGCGCUUUUUGGAAAAGCCCCUAAAGAUAAUGAUAUCUCCACUCUCGUGUACGCUCCUGGCGAGCUCCCACCGUCGUGGUGGCCUGCCCAAGUAGCAAAGCAAAAGGGCGAAUUCAUUGUUUUGGACUUACCUAAAGUAGAAGAAAGCGGGAACCAACAUCCCGAGGGCCUUCGAAUACCUCUGCCUACCUUCGAGCCUGUUGUUGAGCACGAGCAAGUACGCCCGCAAAGUACGCAGAAAAUGAUGUCCGUUUCGGAUUUUCACACAUGCAUCCUGGAAGUUCCUAAAGAACUGGAAAAUCUGUAAGUCCACUCCUAAAUUACCAUGUGUUGUAACACCUUCCUUUGGUGCCUGUGGAGGUUUCAUGUGCACGAAUCUUCUAUGUUUACGUUUUUACCGACCAAGGUCUCGGAUGUUUUCGCCAGUUAGAACGUGGAGCUUCACGUACCAAUGCGGCUUGUACUCUGUGACCGAAGGUCAAGGCCCGAAAAAUCGUUUUUUUUAAAAGUUUAAUGACUGCCGGGUCUUUCCUUCUCACCUCUGGCGACCGUAUCAGCAUCGCAUGCUAUUUUCGGAUAGACAUCCUGAUCUAAUUAAUAGUCGUGGUUAGUAAAGUGCUAUGGCCAGCAUCACUGUCCACGCAUAGUUGGAAAAUGCUACAUGUUGUCCUUUCGGUCGUGCACUACUGUUUCUUUGUACAAGGUUGUUUAGGACAUCCCUUCUCCAGUCUUGUAGGCAAGCUUGCAAAGACUCCGCCAAAACGAGUUCACCCACAUGCCGCUGCCUGAUGCGCCCAUGUGUGUCGGUAAGGUACUCUGACUUCAUUGGGCUGUUGAACAGGCCUGGGAAGAUGAGCUCGUUUCCUAUGGCUGGAAAUCAAAUAUCCUUUAGGGUCGGAGAUAAGACAGCGCGAGAGCUAUCGUGGAAUAAGCCUCACUGGCGCUGCGAAAGUCUUCGAUGAUUUUAAAGUUUGCAUGACUCCCGAACGAGACUCAACAAAUGGAGGCUCCGGACUGAACGUGGAUGCACUGACAAGAUAUUCACGCUGUGAUACUUUCUUCAAUUCCAUCAUGGUUAUCAUCUACGGGCGACCGUCCGCUUUGUUGACUGCUGCAUUAUCCUAUUCCGUUGAUCCUGAGUUCCAGCAAUGGGUAGUGAAGUUGGGUGGUGUGACGGCAAGGGUCGCUUUGGAUAAAGUCGUAUAUCGCUCCGCUGAAAAAGCGACCUCGAGCGUUGGUGACACUCAAAAACACUACCAACUUAUCCGUCAAGUUAGCAGUAAGUCUGAGUGACUCUGUUCGCGACGCGAAUGUUGGCUUUUUUGUUGACAACCUGGCCAAAGUCGAGCGCCGGCGUGAGCACUUCGAGCACCAUCUCAACUUCGAUACCCAACCCAUCACGCCCUUGCACUCCUCCUCAGCGGAGUUUCAUCCCUCUCCCACCUACGCAGUGCAAUGCGACCCCUCCUCUGAAGAAAAAGUCUUUGAUGUCAUACGAAAGCUACGCAACAACAGGGCACCCGGAGAGGACGGUAUACCCGCUGGAAUCUACAAGUCUUGUGUCGACACGCUGACGCCCUAACUCCAUGAGGUGAUUGAACGAGCGUGGAGAAACGAGGUUGUUCCUGAUGACUGGGGUUUAGCCAUCCUUGUACCUAUCAUCAGGAGGGAAUGCAAGACAAGAUGCGAGAACUACCGCGGCAUAAACCUCAUCGACGUUGCUGCGAAGGUCUUCGCUAUUGUCCUACUCAGGCGACUCCAGGCUGUGCGUGACUCAAGGACGAGGCCCAACCAAGCCGGAUUUUGUGCUGGACGUGGAUGCGCAGACCAGAUAUUCACACUGAGGCGCAUUCUCGAAUUUCGCCAUAGCUACCAACAACCGACGACUGUCUGCUUUCUUGACUUUGCCGCCGCGUUCGAUUCCGUUCAUCGUGAGUCCCUGUGGCGGAUAAUGGCGCUGGAUGGUAUAACGGCAAAAAUCAUGACCAUGAUCGAAGCCUAUUAUCGCUCCACUACUGCGAGAGUCCUGGUACGCAACAAUCUUACCCAACCGUUUGGUAUUCGGUCUGGCGUCCGACAGGUUUGUAUCCUGCCGCCCAUUCUGUUAAACUACGCUAUUGACUGCAUUCUCAGGAGGGCCCUACACGAGGGUGACGGUCUUGAGUUUGCACGCGGACACCGACUGACUGAUCUCGACUAUGCCGAUGAUAUCGACUUACUUGUUCCAAGUUUUGGUGAUCUGCAUUCUAUGGUCACGGGUGAACAAGGCCGCUAAAUCGGUCGGUUUGUCCAUAAACGCUGAGAAGACUGAAGUGUUUUCAAGUUGCAUCCCUAACCAGUAGACAGCAACCCUCGGGAUUGAUGGCUGUCAACCUGAAGAAGUGAUCAGUUUUAAAUAUCUCGGGGCGAGACUGCUGCCUAGUGGACGGAGUAGGGUUGACAUUGUCCCCCGAAUUGAUGAUGCCAGCCGGGUUGUCUCAAGCCUUUGAAAAUGUCUAUGGGUCCGGCGCGACCUCCCCAUCGCCACUAAGAUUCGCGUGUACCAUGCAUCUGUCCGGUCUGUCCUUCUCUACGGUUGUGAAUGCUGGGCUUUGCGCGUGGCGGACGAGCGAAAACUGGAGGUAUUUGAUCGCUGCUUGAGAAUCAUCCUUCGAGUGAAGUUCACUGACGUCGUCUCAUGAGACAGUCCGCGCUCGCUGCGACAACAUCGCCUGGUUAACUCAGGCCAUCCAAGAAAGACGACUGACGUGGUUUGGGCAUUUAUUCGUCGUCCACCUCAGGAGCUGAGUGUUACUGCCCUCGAUCUGGCACCGUUGCCUCAUUGGAGGCGUUGAAGAAGAGGUCAACUCAAAACCUGGCUCGACACAGUUCGUCGAGACAUAAAGAUGGUUCUUGAACCGUCGAUAUUCGGUUUCCAUCGUUGGCGAAGAGAAUGGGUCGAACUGUCCAGAUCUGCUGCCGCAGAUCGUCAGGCGUGGAGAGGUACAGUCCGUGACAUCAUCGAGGCCGGCUAGAUCAGGCAUGAUCGUAGCCGUAUCAGGUAACAAGCAUUUAAUCGCUCCGCCGUUGUGCAAGUUGUGCCCAACAAAGAUCCAUCUGCUCGUAUUGGGUGUGGCGUUUGCCAAGGUUGUAUUCUACUCAUCCUGUCUGACUACGCCCUGUAUUGUAUUUUCGAAGGUGCCGUGACGUUUCCGAGUGUCCAGCGUACGCUGGCUGAUCUAUGCUGACACGGAUGAACGAAGUCGCGGAAUAAGUCCAUUUAUCUGCACACGCUGGGAUGAACAAUGCACCCCGGCCGCAUUUCUGAUCAUGAGGGGCACCUCUCGGCAUUCGUGGCUGUCGGCUCGAAAAGGUGGACAACUUCAAAUUCCUCGGGGCGAAGCUGGUACCGAAUAAGGAGUCAAAAUGACACCAUCUUCCGAAUCGAUGCUGACGGUAUGGGUUUGACACGACAUCUCUAUCACAACGAGGGUUUGAGUUUAUCGGGCACCUGUACGGUCAGUCCUACUGCAUAGUUAUGAGUGUUAGGAUAUGCACCCAGAAAGAAAUCCAAGACUGGGGGUGUUUUACCACAGUUGCCCGAGAGCCAUACAUCAAGUUAGAUACGCCGACUUUGUCCCCUUGAGAUCGUCAGCACUCGCAUCAUCUUGAUGGUAUCUAAAGUAGCCUACAGACGACCUAGAUGGCUUGGGCACGCACUUCGUCGCACACCCUGUGGGUCAAGUGUUGCUGUCUUUGUUCCGACCAGACUGGCCACGUAGAGGUACGGAAGAGGUCAACUCAAAUCUUUGUUAAGCACAGUCCGUCGAGACAUGCAGGUAGUUAUUUGACCUUCGGUAUUCGUGAGUCGAGCUCUCUGUGUCAGGUGCCGCAGAUCUUCACACAUGGAGAGGUGCAGCUCGCGAUGUAAUCGAGUCCGACGAAAUCGGGCGUAAUCACCAGCUUACCAGCCACGAGUCACAGCUACCCUUGCAAAGUCCAUUUCCGGACACUUCAUACUGCCAAAUUUUCCUGAAGUGUCCAUCUCAGAUGGGGUUUUUACCGUUGCCUGAAAUUUUUUAAAAUUCUAACCGGAUUGGUGUUCUACCUACAUCCGCUUCAAAUGCCGUGCAUUGGAUCCGGUUGUUUUCCAACUUCAAUCCAUUGUUUUCAGCAACAGCAAGGGCACUCAACUGCCUAGCAGGUUACCAGUGGGAAACCCGCUGAGGGUCUGGACAGUCUGCGUUGCUCCUACGGGUCUUCGCUUUUCAGCCUAUUAUAUUGAAGUAAUUGGAAAGUCUUGCUGACGUAUGACGAUUCAUAUACUUAACAUCGCGCCCACGAUCAGCCACGGAGAAGUCGUAUUUACUGUUUCCCGUCAUAAAUAGUCGUAGAGCAUUCGGACCCGUAGACCGGUAGGGAAUUUAGGUCCAGGUCCGAAUCCGUGGAACGACGACGGUUUGAAAAGCCUUGACUGAUGUUGGGCAACAUCUGCCUUAGUUAAACGACUCUUUCAAUACCGAAUUUUUUUACAAACUGCUGGCCUUAAAAGUUUUUCCAGUCACUUCUGGCUUCAUUUGACGUGCGUUAUGCGUGAAAGCUUAUUCGCCCGGUUUCUACUAGCUUAUUUCAGUUAUUCCGGUUACUGAAGGGGCUUUGUGCCGCUGUGGUAGAUUUUAUCGCGCAGGUCGUUUGUCUGGUUCGCAUAAUUUGUGAUCAAUGCCUUGGCAUUAUCCAUUGCUUUUAAAGAUCUAGACUCAGUCUCUUGUCAGCCUUACCACGGUUGGAUAUUAACGUUUUUUAAGGGAUUAACAUGUUCAAUUUGUUUCCAGUUGAUCCUGACAUAGACUGCUGACAUAUGGUGUACUAGAACGGACUAAAAUUGUAAACGCUCUUCGUGCGUAAAACUUCAGGGCGAUUGUUAGCGAGUUAACCGCUGCGAGCAUGAUAACCAUUGAUCACCAUUACAUUUGUUAUUCCAUGUCUCAGCAUUGUAACCGAAGAUUUUUCGAAAACCCGCUCCACCUGGUGCAGAACCUUGUUUCCGGCCGGACAGCCUACCUCUUAUCAAGGUGACCCUAUAGCACAUAUGCGUACUUUGCCUCACGACUGUGUCGAUUAUAUGGCUAUUGUCCGAAUCCUUUUUGGAAGAGACGUGAUCUAACUGAAUAGUUGCCCAUUUCCGGGUGUUGGAGUUGAAAAUAGGCUCUGUGAAGGCCGAAGCGUUGAUGAACGUAUGCUUAGGGUCCUACACAGCGAUGUCUGGAGAGGUUAAGUGUCGCACACAAUUUGCGGCUCGCGUGAUUUUUCGUCUCUGCAGACAGUUGUGAUCUUUCCUCAACACAGCUGAAAAGAGAGUUCCGAGUGCGGAAGAUUAAGAUCAAGACCAUCUCGCCCUGGUUGUCGACAGUCUCUGUACGCCGCUCUCUUCUAAAAUCUCUCUGUAAAAUUUUGCAACUACGCUUCUUACUCCAAACACUUAAUGGUCGUUAUCUGAGAUGGUGCGUCCGAAUCAAGCUGAAGUCUUUGUCCGUCGUAGUGACCAGCAGAUGUGUAAAGUCGAACCUGGGAGACUUUCGAGACCGACACUCUGUGGGAUCCGGACGCGGUAUAAUAGCUAGGUAGUGAUUGCUGUAGUGUGCGCUCAGGGAAGUUCUCGAUGCAGCCUACUUGACCGUUUAUUUUCAAAGCCCCGACAUUUCUUGACAGCGUAUGAUUGUUUCCAGUGCUGGCGUUAAAUUUUGUGGUGCCUCAACUUGAAUGCAAACUGUAAUGCAAGAUCCUAUUAUUCGCAAUGGCUCUCACCCCCCAUUAAAGCCAGUUAUGAGCCUCUCAAGCUUUUCUGCUACUACCUUGCAGUAUUUUAUAAUUAGGCCAGGAAGUCUAUGCUGGAAGAUUGCAACUAGGUCGGUAAGUGGGUAAAUUAUGCAAUAUGAACUUUGGACUGUCUCUGUGUAUACGUGGGCCAUAUUGUCCACGUUGUUGAUUGGUGGACAACAAAGAUCAAAAAUCAGAAUUUUAUAAGUCCCUUAUUUAAAAAUGUGAUCAGAGUUGAUGUUUUCGGAUGCAACAGCUAGCAUGGCAUCUGUAUAUUCUGUACCACGAGAGCUCUACAGUUCGUGUCUUUUAGCAACUGUGCCGCGUCCGUUUAUUUGUUCAAUCUCGAUUGGAAAAAUAAACAAGUGCAGGCAUGCUAUUCAUUUCAACAAGGUAGCUCCACUACUUCAAUGAGCAAUUAAACAACCAUUUCUCCAACUUUAAUGACGCUUUCCUAGGGGUUUUAAAGUGACAACUUACUUUCAAAGUUCUCUUUUCUUUUCAGCUUCCAAGAGCAACAAAACUUACAGCACAUUGUCCGAACUUGUGGGCCUUCAAUGUUGGUGUGUAAAGUUACACCCGAAAUCCAACUACCUAAUGGGUGCCAGGCUAACCUAGAAGAUGAAACAAAGGCCUACUUCCUCGUUAUUUGCACGUCUGUGGAAGGUAUUCAGAAAGCACAGACUCUUGGACCGGAAAUCGCUCGCAUGCUGCGCCAAAAGUUUGCUAUUCUUCAUCAGAUUGGCGAACUUAAUCGGAAGCUGAAAGAAAAUCAAGCAGGCAAGGUACCGCUUUGUCGUCGGCUAUUUUUAUAUGCAGCAAAGUGUACCAAUUUCCCUAAAGAAGUUUCUUUGGUUGGAAGUCUGCGGUUGGCGAAGUGUGCGCUUUUUGAGUGAUUUCUCAUGUCUGUGUGUUUCAGCUCUUUAGGUUUAGACUAAGUUUGAAUCUACUGCAUGUCAAAAUUUUUUUUUUCCAGAGAUGAGGCCGAAACAAUCAAAAAUAGUUAAUGGGCUUGGAGAAUGUAGUAGGCGAACAUUGCUGGCAGUCCAACUCAGGUGAUCCCAUCAACGAUAGCAAGGGCUCUUGAUUUAAUAGCACGCACUAUUUAUUCCCAAUAGUCCGCAGCAUCAAAAAUAAUGACCUCUUAACGGAUUCGCUGAUUGUCCCCUGCAACUGUUUUAAGUGUGAUGUCACAGGGUUGCGUUCGCCGAUUACGACCGACAGCGCAAGCCCUGCUACCUCGAAUGAUAGGACGUCUUGAUCCAAUGAACCCAGUCUCGGAGCUCGAACACGUCGACACCUCGGGUUGAGAGCAUAAUUGGCCGGCGAUAGCAAGUAAUCCAGAAAUGGUCACUCCAGGCUCACGCGGAGGACAUUUAAUGAAAUAUUUCGGAUCCAUCCCCCUGCUUAUAUCUGGUUGCCUUAAAUACCUGGAGGAGGAACAAGCGCACGUCAAGGCAUGCUUGCGUUUGCACCUAGGACUUGUCUAAAGCCACUUGCCGGACUAGAAAACUAAUUUUAAUCUGUAUUAGACCACCUCGGCCGAUGCCUCAGCUCUGAGUAAGUUGACCGUUUAUGCAGUCCUAUUUCUUCCAUUUGUUCGCAGAGCGAUGCUCUCUUCCACGAAGAAUUUCCCGUCUCUCCGGACCUGAUUGGACAGUCUAUCGGUGCCCGCGGCGCUAACAUUCGUCGUGCUAGAGCUCUGGAUGGCGUCGUGAGCGUUGUCCUGCGUCCUGAAACUUGCACAUUCAAAGUUGUUGGUAAGGUACGUCUGUGAGAAGGCAUUCAUCAUAUGCCUCCGAAAACCUGUUAACUCAUGGUCGUCUGAACUUCAAUUUGCGUGGAAGUUACUUGUAUAAAACAGAUUACACGACGAUUUUGGUUGCAGACCUCUUGCGCUCAUAUUUUACCGUGUAUCUAGAGUACUACUUAUGAGCAGAAUCUUUUUGAAACGUGCAGUACCCUCGAGUCCUUGCUAUGUUACCUACUUUAGCCAUAGUAAUGCACUUAAUUACAUGCUUUCCCUCUUGUAUUACUCUACUAGUCUUCCACGUUUCGGCCUAUUUGUAGACUAAGGAAGCUGUGGACAGCGCCAAGAAGGUACUGGAGUACGCCACCGAAAUCAUGCAAGUCCCUCAAGAAUACGUCUCUCGAAUCAUCGGCCAAAAGAAUCGCCACAUUCAAGCACUAGUAGACCGCAUCGGACUUGCAAGAAUUCGUGUCCAGAGUGCCGAAGAAGCCACUGUUCCAAACUGUGUCCCUUUCGCCUUCACAGGCACCCGCUCUGCCAUCAACGAUGCAAAGUUACUGAUAAACUUCAAUAUUGAAAAUUUGAAGGAAAUUGACCGUCUUCAACAGAGCCUGACUGCAAAUCAUCUGGCAAACGGUCGUUUUGGCGAUGGUGAUGGACACUUCCGAAGGGAACGCUCAAGGUUAGCCCUUAGUGACGAAUUUCGUCCCCUGUCCGGUUUUGGAUCUUUUGAAUACAAACAUGUCUAAAAUUCCCUGUUGCCUCUCGUUCCGGAGAAUUUAACAAGAUCGUAAAACAGCAUUAGUUUCGAUUCCUAUUUUGCGCACGUCUUUACUAUUCUGAAUACAUCAAGAUUUUGCCCGUCCCUUGUACCUGCUACUCCAGGAAUAAUGUCUAAUCUUCACGUAUGGAAGCGAAUAUGCGAAUUCCAGGUUCUUGUUGUAAAGAAGAUGAACACACGAUCUCUGGGACAGUAGGUGUAUUAGUCUGAGCUUUCGGUCUCGUACAGGAGGCCAUCGUCAGAGACUGUGAGAAUGCGACAUCAAAUGAGCAGAUUUUGUGGUCAAGCCAUGGAGGGGGGGAUAUGAGUGCAGAGGGUGGUAUUCGCGAUAAGCUGAGUCCCACGCCGUCUCACGGUGGCGUGGCUGCGUGCGCCCUUGGCUGGAAAUUGGGUCUCGCCUCUUGGCCGCGGGAACGGAGCGUGGGAUAGCAGGGGGAUAUGUCAACGUGCCUGUUGGUAGAGUUGGUGUCAGACACCCAGACCUCCAACAGUUCUCGCCCUGUCUUAUUGUUGGCCCGCGCUACCUUCCGCGUGCUCGCGAAGUUGAAUUCAUGGCCUUCCUCCAGGAUGUGAGUGGCGACCUGAGACAACGGGUCGCCUCUUCGGACCGCCCGUUUGUGCUCCGUUAUUUGUGAGCUAAUUCGUCGUCCGGUCUGUCCUGUGUAGUGGCGAGGGCAGUCACGGCAUGUGAUCUGGUAGACGACACCCGAUUGUUCUCCCACGUCUAGACGAUCCUUCACUCGCAUGAUUUUGUCGCGCAUGGUCACUGUCGGACGGUGAUUGAUAUCCGCGCCGAACUCUCCAGAAAUACGUUCCAUAGUUUCGGACAUGUUCUUUAUAUAUGGUAGAGGGUGCCAGAGUGUUGGGGGCUCUCCUCCGUUUGUCCGCCGUGGGCGCGUGCGGAGGCAGCGGCUGACGAAGCUGUUCGGAUAUCCAUUCCUUGCCACUUGGUCCGGAAGAUUCCGAAGUUCUCGUACUCGUCCCUCUGGCUCACUGCAGUGCGUUUUUACCCUUUGGAAGAGUGUCCCAACACAGCUGCGUUUAUGCGCCAUUGGGCGGUUACUGUGGUAGUUGAGAAUCCGAGUCGUGUUAGUCGCCUUUCUGUACACAUUGGUGUUGAGUUCGCCGUUGGGUGUGCAUGUGACGAGAACGUCAAGGGAAGGCAGCUGUUCUUGCGAACUGAAUGUCCUGGAAGAUGCCGUUGAGCAGGUCUUGAAAGUCGGCCAAUCUGCUCCUUUCAAUUAUAACGAACGUGUCGUCCACGUACCGGCGCCAAAAUGCAGUUUCAUAGUGGUUGAAGGCGACUUUCCAGCUCCUGCAAGACUAGUUCUGCAACCAGGUUGGAUAUUGGCGAACCCAUCGGCAUUCCUUUGAUCUGCUCGUAUGUUCUGCCAUUGAAGGUGAAGAAGGUUUGUUGGAAGAAAGCAAACAGUUGCAGUGAGUGGUCGAUUUUUAGGGGUCUGUUCGUUUCGUCGUAGUUCUCUUCGAGUCGUUUGCGAAGAACAUCGCGUGUCAGGUCUGGUGGGAUGGACGUGAAUAAUGAUACCACGUCAAAGGACACCAUAAUCAGAUCCGGUCGGGCAACUUUUCCUCGGAUGUCGGCUGGGAGUGGGGAGGCCGAAUCCAAUCUAUCCGGCCUCGAUGGCGUCGCGAAUUAGAAGUCCACGUGGGACGAUCUGCGGCGUCAGAUCCAGAGGAUCCUACCCGUUCCACUCCAAUGAUAGGGGGCUGAUGCUGAAGGCUCAUUAACCGCCCCGCAUGCCUUGACGGACUAUGCUGAGCCAGGUCGUGGUUUGACCUCGAUGCCUUCAGGAGGGCAGCACAGUCGGACCCACGGGUGUGCAACGAAGAGCGUGUCCAAGUCACCUCAGUCGUCCUUCGAUGGCACGAUAUCUUCGAGAUGUAGCCAAUCCUGACUGUCUCAUUUGAGUACAAAUUGUCGUAAUUAACUCAAAGUUGGGUUUCCUGGCAACGAUGAUUAAACUCCCAUCUUUGGCUUCUUUUCCACAUCCAUAGCCGAGAACUCUCAACUGCUGACUGAACAGGUGCCUGGUACACGCAAAUCCAGAGAUAACGCGUCAGACCCAUGCACACCCCUUACGACACAAUGACUCCGUCAGUGUUAUCGAUUCGGGAGACGGCGUUGUCCUCCUUUCAUCCGUCAGCAGCCUCCCUGAGAGAUAGUUGUGCCUGUCCACCUGCCUCUUUAUUAAAUCGCCUACUUUCUUCUGCGGAAAGUCACACGAUAGAGAACGAUAGAACUCCGCCGGAAAGGAGGGAGAGAUGUGUCGAUCGUUGAAAUUUUCUCAUAUCCAGCUCUUGCAUUUGCGAGCAGGUUUCAUUAUUGCGCCGAUCGCUAGCUGAUACUGGUUCGCACACGGUUGACGGCAGAGAUAUUCAUUAAGUACCCCUGCCGUCCUGCGUAAGCCAGUCGGCGGCCAUCGAUUGUUUCUCACGCAAGUAGAACAGGAUUAGCUUGUUUCAAGAGGUUGGUCGUCACACUGUCUAUCAUAAGAGCCUUGUGGGCCGUGGUCGACCCACAGCUUCCGUAUUUAACGGGCUCCUGAGACAGGAAUUCGGAACUCGCACGGGCAACCAUAUAUCCGCCUACUGAUAGUGCGCACCAUCAGACCUUGGGUAUCAGAAUCGGGGCACGUUCGUACACUCGUACAUUCAGUGCCAAGAGUCUGUUCUCGAUUGAUCAGUCCUGCUGGCACCAUUAGACUUCGGUUUUGGAGCGCUCCAAUCCCUGCGGACGCCGUAGCAGGCAUCGUAAUAUCUAAAUCGGCCAUUUUCCGUGAGAUUUCUUUGAAAUUUUAAAGUCUGGGUGAGUUCCCUGCAGGCAUUUAAGUGAUUUAUUCGAGGUUGUCCCUAGCGUUUUGGGCAACGGUGGCAAACAAAACCUAGUGGUUGUCUACUGUCGCCAUGUAACAGUACGGCCAUCGAAUUUCGCUGUAUGCUAGAAGGCCACCGGUGUGCUAGGAGUCCAACCUCGACGCCUUGACAAUGCUGUCACUGCCAACUUCACUAUCCGAUGUAUGUACGCCUCAGGUGGUCGGCAUUUCUGCCAUAGAGCGAACUCGUCUGACCACACACCAUCAUGUCUCAAUUUUACAAAUGAGGGUUCACACUUUUGUUUAAUGUAUCAGAAUGUCUGGAGACGAGUAUUCGGUGCAUUUACUUUGUGUGUGUUUUACUGUUGUUUUCUUCUGUUAGGAAUGACAAAUUUCCGUCACCACCUUCCCAUCUGCUGAGCCAUAGCAUGAGCUCACGAGUCUUUAUCUUUUCAUAUUUCGCUAUGCAUUCGACUCUAACUGCUCGUAAAGACCCCGUCCGGCCAUAUUGACCUUGAAACUGUUAAGUGGCGAUCGUGGAGGGCUCGUAUCUAUGACUUCGCUGCUGACGGCUACUGAAACAGUUUAUAAGUGGGAACUUUUUCAUUUUAUCAGUACAUUUUUGGAAAAGCUAACCAAGCGAUAUAUGCUAAGUGCGACCGAAAAUCCAUGUCACUGGGCUAAGUUUUCCGCUUUAAGAACGUGGUAGCAGUGACCGCACAAGAUGACAGCGGACGUAUGUCGUCUCAUUCAAUUGUACUUAGCGUUUCUGCUUUAAUUUUUAAGUACCCUAUCGAGACCCAGACCAGCAUUUUUGUCAUUCAAAGAAAGUACUGGCCUUGUUACCUCAGCCACGCGUUUUAAUUUUGUAGCAAGUCAAACUCGGACGGGGCAUCUGCUCCUUGGGGCAACCGGCAUCACGGUCAAGCCGACUACCGAGACGGCACCACGUCCAACGGCGACGGACAGCAAACAUCGGAGGGAGAACAGUUGGAUGGCCCUGCCAAUCACCGCCCCCCGCACCGUCGAAACACCCAGCAGCCCCGUGGUCCGGCUCGCCCACUGGACGGUAAUAGGCAGGUCUCGCUGCCACCUCCUGUCCCCAAAUCUGGUAAGUUGGACCGAAACAGUGACUUUACCCUGAGCUUUCCACCUUCAAAUCCGCCCCGCUUUUUGCCAGUAUAGCCUGUCUGUCUUGGCCUCCUUACCAAAGCUUCGUCCGUAGCACCUUCGUUAAUCCUUAUUAGUCGAGGAGGCUGUUAUUGCUCUCGGACCUUAUAAAUGCACUGGGACAUUUUGCCGGAAUGGUCCCAUCCAAAGCCAAUUUUCAUGAUAGCUAGCUUUGGGGGUAAAAGUGUUUCCUCGGCGUACAGAACGUCUAGCAAAAGAUUUUGAGGGUAGGGUUCCCCUCCAUCAAAUUUGCCGUACUGGCGUUCUGUACCGUUCGUUAAGUCGAUUUUGUAAUUGCUUGCGUGCGAAGUGGUCAGCACAUGCCCUUUUAACUAUUUUUCAAAGACGAAUGGGUUUUGGUAGACACCGGUCCCGUUUGCUUCGUUUACUCCCAUCCCUAAUUCCUUAGUCCAAAAGAGCCGCUGAAAAUCCAAUCGACCGUCUUCUGUCGCACAAGGCUGUAGACAUCCCAUUUUAUUGUUAGGCCGUGGCUCGACGGAUUUCUCGGAUGAUUAUGUCAGGCAUUUUAGGGCAGAGUUCAAUUAUCUGCCCCAGUAGGUUGUUUUGACCGUAUAAUUGUUAGUCUGCUGAAGACGUGCUCCUCUGUUUCAUUCCUGUUAAGAAUUUACUGUUUUAACAAAAAACCUUAGGCCUCUCUGCUAGAUUCCGUCUCCCGUGAUUUCAUCUUAAUUCUGGGAUCUCAUCAGCACACCAAACCUUUUUGGUUGGAUGUGGACGAGUGCGAUUCGGACAAAAGUAGUAGGCUGGGAAGGGGGAGGGCAGAGAUAGAGAAGAGACAUAAUCGACGAUGAGGGCGAUGCAGCAGCGCCACCAAAUUGGCCUGUGUGCCACGCUCGACAGCGGUUUGGGUCUUUGGCAUUUUCCUCCUCCUGGCCACUGCGUCGGCCAAAGCAACCAAUGCUUUGCUGGACUGAAGACGGCGCAUCAUAUGGUUUAGCCAGCACUGAUCUUAUGCUUCUUCAAGCGCAGUAUCGUCUCAAAGUUCCUGUAUUGUAAAAUUCCUCCAACUAGUCACACGCUUUUAAUGACAGAACUCAUUCCUUGUUUCCGUUUAUAUUUUAGGACCAGCGGCUAAUGCUCAAAAUAACUACCAUUCCGGUACUGAGAUGACUGAGUCGCAAAGGGCGGGCCGACCUAUCUCACGCGGCGGUGGCGGUCAGCGGCGAAAUGGUCGUCGCCCCGCCACUGACAGGCGCUCUGAGAACUCUGGAGAUCCAAGCACAUCGCCGUCGGCUGGCAAUCGUCGUGAAAAGGGUACGAACGGGCUGGUAGCCAAGCGAAUUGGCAGAGUCCCGGUGGAUGCAACAACCUGA